AUGACGCCCUUGCCGACGCCGGGGUCGCAGUACCCUCUCUGGGUGCCCCUCACCACAGAAGAAGCUGAGGACGGCGACGAACCGCCAGAGCUGAAGCUGCGACAGCCCACUUCCCAGCCGUUCCAGAGAACGGCUAUUCGCCGGCCGAACUGUGCUCAGUCUUCGCUGCUCACCAAGGCGAUCAUGGGCCAGUCCGACGACGACCACCAUGACUUUCACCCCUCGAUACUCGUCGACUCGCAGCGACGGCGGUCCAUGGCAAGCAACAUCAGUGUGGCGUCCACGGCCGACCUCACGAGCGACACUGGUCUCACCAGCCCUAGUCGCACCAACACACCUAGUCCGCCCAUUCCUGAGAUGGCUGCAUUGCGCCUCCAUGCUCCUCAGAUCUCAGACAAGAGCGGGACAACGUCAGGCGUCAGCGAGCACGAGGCUCCCAAAGAAGCUCCCCGCAAGCGCUGCAUCCAAUUUGCUUGCGCAGCGAAGCCCAUUAUCCAGGAGCCGACGAACGCGCGACCGACUCCCAUGGUCAAGACACCAUCAGCCCAGGAGGCGCCACGACGACCCUGCAUCAAGUUUGCCGCGCCGGCUCGUCCUGCCUCGACGCAGAACACGCCGCCGACGCGGAUGGGCCAGUCUCCCGCUAAGCUCGCGCCUGUCAGCAACCCCGAAUCGCCGUCGACCCCUAAGAAGUCUUCUGUUUUGUCAUCCGCCGUCAACACCUCUCCUCGAUCUGCCUCUUCUGCGAAGCCACCAAAUCGACCACUGCUUGCACGGCCAAAGUACCUGCGAGCCAACUCCAAGGACCUGGCACAGGACGCCUCGCAGUUUCACGAAUUCGCCAGCGGUCUCUCUCGUGAGGAGGACUGGAUCAGGCAGGCUAACCCAGUCCUUCUGACCAAGCUCACCAUCAACGAUACCCUCAUCAAGGAGAACAACAUCCGUCGCCUCGGAGCCGAGGCGGAGGAGGAGGCUGAACUCGAGGAGGAGGAGGAAGAGGCCGUACUGGACGAGGACGACGAUGAUCUCGAUGGUGACGAUGACAAUGAUGAAAACGACGAGGACGAGGACGAUCAAGAUGAUGAUGAGGAGGAGGACGAGGAGGAAGAUUCUGAUGGGUAUCACACCGACGAGGAGACGGGCUUCGCCGACUCUGACGAUGAUGAGGCGGAUGAUGACGAGAACAUGAUCCUCUGGACACCAAGCCACGCCUCCACUGCACGACAGCCCGGGAGUUUGGUACCCGCCCGCCGAAACUCUGUCCACGAGCCUCAGUCAGAUUCGUCGAUUGCCACCAAUGGCAGCACGCGCCGCGCUAAACCCAGACGUGUGAAGCCUCAGUCAGACGCCCCAGACCUUCCUGACAGCACCGACUUUGUUUGUGGAACCCUGGACGAGGAUCGGCCCCUGGAAGAGGCUUACCUCCUGAGCCUUGCCGCGCGCAGAAACGAAAAGCUCCGUGUCAUUCCUCAGGACAUCGAUCCAAGCUUCCCUGCCUCUGACCCGGACAACGACGACGAGGAGGAGAUCUACAACCCUGUCGCCCACGACAGCGAUGGGGACGCAUGGGUACAGGGUGAGAUGGAGGACUUGCAUCACGGCCAGGACCGGUCCCGACGGAGGAGAAAGAGCGAGCACGCUUCUCCUCGCAAGUAUCGGUCCCCAGCCCCGAAACGCCGUCCUUCGCCGCCGCCGCGGAAGCGAAACCACUCUCCGCCUCCAAAGGCGCGCGCUCGAUCACCGAAGCCGUUGUUCGGGCGCCACUCACCCCGGAGAGCCAAGUCGCCAGCCCCCCGAGCCCUCACGACCCCGACCGGAUCGCCACGCCAGGGAGCGCAUGUGCAAUUCCACCUCGCCGGUCGACCCCUGACAACUCACACCAAGUCCCUGCCGCGCCCAGCCGCGCUGUUUCCGCAGAUGAGAAAGGAUCGGAGCGUCAAGUAUUGCCACGAUGAUGACGUGCACAUCCGAGGGGCCAUCGACAUUGUCAAGGGCCUCGAGCGGAAGCGGCAGCGACGGAAGGAGAAGUUCUACCAAAAGUACUGCAACCGGGCGCGGCGAGGACAGAUCCCCGAGCGGAAGCCUCAGCCUGGACGGGGCGCCGAGCGCAUGAAGGAGCUUGGUCUGCUCAUGGCGGGCAAGAAGGACCAGGGCAACUACGUGCUCUCCGUCUAA